AUGGCGAGUGAUAUGAGGCACACAUCAAGCAACACAAGAAGGCCAAGUAUGGGUUCAAACUCCAAAUUACUAGCUGGAAAAUCCUUUCUCCUAGAUAUUGGAAAUCGACAAUGGCGGACAAAGGUAGCUGAACGAAUUCUGAAUUACGGAGCGAACAUUAUGGAUUCGUUCGGAGAAGUAGACCCGCAUGCUGUUGUCUCUGAUAAUCCGAUGGCAUUGAAGUUCGAGAAAAAGGAUGGCAGUCAACAUUUUAAUGAAAAAAUCAGAACUCCCCAGAGUUUCCUAAAACAAAUGGAUGCCUUCGCCAAUAAAAAAGGGAAUACCACAUCGGCAACAACUUCACUCAGUACCAUUCGACCACGGACUGAUCUCAAAGCCACUAAAGAUACCCUGACAAGAACUGAGACACCCGUUGUGCCUCAACGAUCCUCAAAGUCCCGUCAAUCUUCUGUUCCGAGAACUGCUAAAGUAUUUGUGCGAGUCGAAGCUCCUACUAAACGACCAGAGAUUCGGUGUAUACCCAGAACAGCAUAUGAUACUCUGUACGGCGGUAGUGAUACGGGUCAUUCAGUAUUCAGAAUCGCAGAAACGGCAUUGAAAGAGAGAAGAGUUCGAGAGUAUGAUCUAUUCGUGAAGGGUCGAUACGAGCCACAUAAGAAACCUUUCAAAAUGGAUGAGAAGGAUAAAUUUUGUCAGUUUUGCGAGAAAGAAUACAGUGGAGAGAGGAAAGAUCACGAAAGAACCGACGAGCAUCGAGCCAAAGCCAGAACUCGAGGCCUCCUUCCAGCACUUGAAAGAGGAAUUUUGAGCGCUCGACUGAAAUUGAAGAAUAGCCAAAAUCAGGUGAUGAUGGUGGCGAAACGAAAACUGGAUGACAACGCCUUUCAAGAACAAUCGAAAAGAGCACGCGUCGAGUUUGAGUACGGUGAAAAUAUGGUGAAGGCAGAUUGGCAAAGUUUGAAAGAGAACAAUUUAACAACAGUGAUUCCCGAGAAAAUUCUGAAAGUGUCGCCCGGAAAAGGCUCUGUCCUCUCGCCACGACGUCGUCAGCAACGAAUUCAACCUCGCACAAGCCAAGGAGACUUGAUUUGA